AAGAAGGUGAAGAGGAAAUGCUGUAGGGAAGGAGAGAAAGAAUGAAAAAGCAAGAAAUAAUAAAAAAAAACACAAAAAUAGAAAAGAAUAAAAGAUUUCAGAGUUGUAAAAUAAUUAUUAGUGAGCGAGCUGGGUAAGGAAGAGAGAGCGUUGGGAAUGAAUGAUGGAAGAAAGGAAUAAAAAAAGAAAAAAAAAGGACAGGAAUAUAAGGAGGAAACAUGAAAAUAAAAAAAAUGGAUAGAAAAAUGAGAUAUCCGAUACUUGUAAGACAGAAACUAAGUAAUGAAGGAGAUGGAGAAGAGAUGGAAGGCACAAAAAAAGGGAAGAAGGGAAGGAGGGCAGGAAUGAAAGACGAGAACAGUAAGAAAAGAAAAUCAGAGAAAAGAAUGAGAUAUCUAAUAUUUGUGACUGGAGACUGAGUAGCGAAGGAGAAGAGUAGGAAAAGGAGGGAAAGAGGAGGGAGGAAGGCAGCACGUUGUUAUGAGGUGGUUGGUGAAUACAAGGCCAGUCUGCUCCGAGCCGCCGAAGGGAGAGGUACACUUGUGUCCUCUCCUUCGUGAAACUUGACUAGAAACUUAGAUGGUUCAGUUUUCGACGCUAAAACUUGAAGCGGGAGUGACGAAAAUGGUAGAGGGGAGUGAGGAAAGCUGUACCUGACACCUGUUAUGAAAAUAUGAGCGCACUUGUGGAAGAGACUUUGUGGAAGAGAAAGUUUUAAAUCUUCUCAGCACCAAAUCAUCGCGACUUGGGAGCGAAAGAAAAAAAAAAUACAUGCGAUGACGAAACGAAUAAAUUUGAAACGGAAUAACGAGUAAGUGGAAAAGUAUUAUAACAACAGAGAGAGGGAGAGAGAGAGAGAGAGAGGGAGGGAGGGACGAGGCAGCUGUGAGAGGAGAGAUGGAGGGAAAGUGGCGCUUCCUGUGGUCAAGCGUGUUACUACUGCUGAUUCGAAGCUCCGCGCCGCUCUUGGACCCCCACGCUUCGAACUCCGGUGAGGAGGGGUCCCUGGUGGCGGUGGCGGCGCGACGCGGAGCAACAGCCCGCCUGCCUUGCGCCAUUACCUCCGGCCAUCCCUUCGAGCCCCCCCUGCUGGUGCUCUGGUACAGGGACGCCUCCGUCACCCCCGCCUACAGUUACGAUUCCCGCCACGCCCACAACACCACCACGGCAGGAGGAGUCGAAGGGCGGCAGUGGGCGGACGAGGAGGCGUGGGGCGGCUUGGGGCGGGCGUGGCUCAACACCUCCGCCUCCCGCGCCCACCUGGUGAUCAUGGGGGUGCAUGGGCGGGACGAGGGCGUGUACAGGUGUGUGGUGCACUUCCGCGCCGCGCCUUCCUGGACUCAGCGUGUAGCUCUUAGUGUUGUGGAUCCUGCAGGAUACCCAAGGCUGCAGGACGACUCUGGGCGCCGUCUAGAGGGUCCCAUUGGUCCAUACGAGGAAGGAGACUCUGUGAGGAUGGUGUGUGAGGCCGCGGGGGAGCCGCCGCCUCGCCUGGUGUGGGGCGGGGAGGCGGGGGAGGGUGAGGUCUCUAAGGCAUUGGUCAGAGGGCGAGUGUCCAGGACAGAGCUUCGUUUUGUAGUGUCCCGCGACCUCCUCCACGCCUCGAUCACCUGCUCCUCUUACAACGCCUCCUCCUUCCACGGUGGUGAUGGCGAUGGUGGCAGUGAUAGUGACGGCCACCAUCUUUUCACUGCCACUGCUCUCCUGAGGCUUAAUUUGGCGCCCCUGGAGGUGAGGCUGGAGGCGCCGGGUGAGUGGGUGACGGCCGGCCAGGUGACUUCCUUCAGGUGUGUGGUGGUGGGCUCCUCUCCGCCUCCAGUUAUCCAGUGGAGGUUGAAUGAGCGGUAUCUGGACACACACACUUUGCACCUUCAGGAGCAGGGCAAUGUGAGUGUCAGUACGUUGAGGGUCAGGCCGCAGUAUACUGAUGACGGGGCUGUGUUGGAAUGCCAGGCGUACAGUCCUACUUUGCCCUCUUACUCUCUGCAACACACCCUUCGCCUCGCUGUUCACUUCGUGCCCGUGGUCACCUUGAGGGCGCCGGGAAAUAAGGAGGAAUCUGCCGCGGUGCCCCAGGGAAACUCCGUCAGCCUCUCCUGUCACCUCGAGGCCAACCCACCUGCCUUCAGUGUCGCCUGGUUCCAUAAUGGUCGGCUUGUACGUCAAUCGGAGGAAGGCGUCACAUCUCCCGUCACCCUGCAUCUCAGUAACGUGACGGCGCUUGACGGGGGCUUGUACACCUGCGUGGGAAGCAACCUGGAGGGGGACGGCCAGAGCAACGCCCUACACCUGGCCGUGUUGUUCAGGCCGGUGUGUGCCUCAGAUUCAGCCUCUCAACAGUACGAGGUGGUGAGGGGCGGUGCCGUGACCCUGAGGUGCCGCGUGGAGGCCCUGCCCGCGCCCCUCACCUUCACCUGGGCCCUCAGGAACGCCACAGACGGCUCCCUCACUCGCCUCCUGACGGCACGGCGAGGGGAGGGCCUGACGGGGCGCUACACACUGCGGGGAGUUGAGGGGCCGCUGGAGGUGUGGUGCUGGGCAAAGAACGCCGUGGGCACCCAAUUCACGCCCUGCAGACACGCCAUUCGUACCUACAGAGAUCUCGGUGACCUGCGGGGCUGCGGCGUCACUCAACACACCACCUCCGGGUUCACAGUGGCGUGCAGCGAGGUGGUGUUGAGAUCCGGUGUUGUGUACAGUCUGUCCGUGUUUGCAAAGGAGAGGAGACGAGGUAACGGAAGGAAGAAGAGUGAGAGGGAUGACUGGAUAAAGACGACAAAGGAUGAGGAAGAGCAAGAAGAGCAGGAAGAAGAGGCGGAGGAGGAGGAGGAAGGAGGAGAAGAUUUGCAUCUUGUUAAUGAUUUAGUGAAGAAUUUUACGGCUCAUCUCCCUUUUUUUCACGUGGGCGGUCUGAGGGCGGGGCUGCAGUUUGUGGUGGAGGUGAGGGCGUGGAGUGAGAAUGUCGCCGGCCCGCCCACUGUCCUUACCGCCCACACUUUGAAAGACUCCAAUACGCAGCCACAGAAGCGAAUCGUGGAUCUAAAACACCCUGGAAACACUACCGAAGAAGGCUCUGACGAAGGGAUGCGCGCUGGUACUGAAGGUGAUGCGUGGGAAGGACUUGAGGACACCUGGGUUCUCGAGAGUACGGGGAUUUUCAAACUGGUCGUCUUUGUUAUGUUUCUAAGUGCUAUUUUAGUCCUUACUGCCCUAGCCAUCUGUGCUGUAAGGAGGAGGAGGGAUUUGCCUCUUCGUCAUCGCCCCCCGCAGGAGAAGGAGGACCAGGAGGCGAACAACGCUAGCGAAGGAGGGAGUGAUGCUAUUUUCUACAUCCACCUCCGUCAUAAGUCAGUCAGCUAUCUACCUGCGAGGGUCUCUUUAAUGGCGACUCACGGAGAGAGUGAUGAUGUUGUACCGAGGAAGACAUACGGGCGAGAGAAGGCGAGGCGAGACGGUCUGGCCAGCGGGGCGGCAGACAACAUACAAGGCUGCUCGCUGUGUACUGAACUGUGACUGUGCGAGGAGCUGACGGCCACGCUGAAGAGAAAACGGGUUAAUUUGUACUUGUUUUGGUGAAGUGGGGAAGUUCUCGUUUCCAGGAACAAGAGAGAGAGAGAGAGAGAGAGAGAGAGGAGGGGGGCGAGGAGGAGGUAGAAGACCAAGGAAGAUGAGGAGAAUGAGACGAAGAAGAAGAAAAAUGAAGAAAAUAAAUAGAUUAUACAUCUUCAAGGUAUAGGAAAAUUCAAAAAGAGACAGAAAAAAACUUCUAGUACGUAUUUGGUAAGACAAUGGUUUGAAAUUCACAAAAAUCAUAUGUAAUUCGUAUUUUGGGAAAAGAAUUAGUUCGAAAGACACGUGAAAAGUACGAUAAUUUUACGUAAUUUAGAAAAAAUGAAGAAUGUGAAAAAAAAAACACGUUAAUAAACUGUAUAUUUGGGGAAAAAAAGUAAUUGUUUGCAAGGUUGUGGUCUGGGCUCCGAGAAAGCUUAGAAUCUACCAAGACCUUGCAGAACGUUCAUGUACCAAUAUUUUGUGCCUUAGAUCAUAAGCAACACGAAUUACCCAGGACUGCGUUCACAGAGGUCACGGUGUCUUGUCUUGACUGCUUGAACAAGGCUCCAGUGGAAGGUUUUGGUGUUCUCGAGGGUGUUUUCAUGAUUCCAGUAAUAAUUUUAGGUGUUCCAGUGAAAUUAUUGGGUAUUAGGACAAUUUUCAUGAUUCAAGUGAUAGAUUUAAGUGAAAAUUUUUGGUGUUUUCAAGGAUGUUUUCAUGAUUCCAGUAAUAAUUUAAGAUAUUCCAGUGAAAUUAUUGGGUAUUAGGACAGUUUUCAUGAUUCAAGUGAUAGUUUUAAGAGGCUCCAGUGAAAAUUUUGGCAUUUUCAAAGAUAUUUUCAUGAUUUAAGUGAUAGUUCAAUGUUAUUCAGUGAAAGUUAUUUGGAUUUUCAGGAGUUUUCAUGACUGAAGUGAUAAUUUAACUUUUAACAUUGAAAGUUAUUGGAAUCUUCAAGGAUGCUUUAGUGAUUCAUUUUAAAGUCUAGCAUGCUCCAAUGGAAGUUACUGAGUUUCAAGACUAAUUUCAUGAUUUUAGUGAUAGUUUAAGAAGUUCCAGUGUAAAGCAUUAGGAUUUUCAAGAGUAUUUUCAUGAUUCUAUUGAUAGCUGAGUAGUCGAGUGGAAGUUACAGGCGGUUUCAGGAGCGUGGCAGUAGAUGCAGGUUAUACUGUGUAGUGAUGCCUGUGAGAUGAUAUUUGUGACGGUAUA